CUCGCUCCUCCCCGCGCGUCCCCGAUCAACCUCCAGCAGUUCCACGAUCCGUCCGAUCGGCGAAAGUCUCCGCGUUUACAGCCGUUUUCCUUCGCUUAAACACGGUCAGUCCGCGCAGGAGCCGAACCUGAUGGCUUCGACGACUUGUGAUGCUUCCGAGCGAGAGUCGCCGAACCCGACUGAGCAGAACGGCGACGGGAGCGAAUCGGGCCUGCGCGCCGCCGAUCAGGAACCGGUCGUUAAGAUGGACGUGAACGGCGAGACGGACGAGAAGUCAAACGGCGAAGAAUCGAGGGAACCAAGCCCAGAGGAAGCCACGAGGGAAGAUGGAGGGGACGAUGAAAGAGAAAUCGAAGCGGAAACGGAGAAAGAGCAACAGAAGAGCCCCGGUAGCGUGGACGGGAUGGCGGAGCAGCUGAAGAGAGAACAAAGGGAGGAGGAGAAUGCGUCCUCGCCGGCGGAGAAAAGCAGCAACGGUGUUGAAGGUGGAAUGAAGAGACGUGCGAGUUUAGAGAUGAGUUUAUCCUCUGACGGAGAGCCGCUCAGCCGCAUGGACUCUGAGGACAGUAUCAGUAGUACUCUGAUUGAUAUGGAGAGCAUCGCGUCCAGUGGCCGUUCUACUCCAGCCAUGAUGAACGGGCACGGCGGGGUAUCUUCGUCCUCUACUAAGGGCUCAUCGUACCCCUGCAGCUGGGAUCAAUGCCACAUGCUCUUCAACACCAGCCCAGACCUGGCAGAACACAUCCGUGGAGUGCACGUGGAUGGCCAGCGUGGAGGGGUGUUUGUGUGUCUUUGGAAAGGCUGUAAGGUUUACAACACCCCGUCCACCAGUCAGAGCUGGCUACAGAGACACAUGCUGUCCCACAGCGGAGACAAACCAUUCAAGUGUGUGGUGGGCGGUUGCAAUGCCACCUUCGCCUCCCAGGGGGGGCUUGCGCGCCAUGUGCCGACCCACUUCAGCUCGCAGAAUUCCUCCAAACUCUCCAGCCAAAGCAAGAUGAAGGAAGACUCUCCGUCUAAAGCGGGAAUCAACAAACGGAGGAAACUUAAGUGCAAGCGACGAAGGUCGUUGCCACUUGUGCUAAAGCCUGAUAAAGGAAGUGUACAGCCCUGCUCAGACUCCUUGAAGUGGACCAAAAAGUCACGGCCUCAUGAUUUUUUUGACGCUCAGACGAUGGAUGCAAUCCGCCAUCGUGCAAUCUGCCUCAAUCUAGCAACCCACAUUGAGAGUCAGGGCAAAGGUCACAGCGUGGUCUUUCACAGUACGGUGAUCGCCAGGAGGAAGGAGGAUUCUGGGAAGGUGAAGGUGCUGCUUCAUUGGAUGCCAGAGGACAUACUUCCAGAUGCUUGGGUCAGCGAGAGCGACCGUCCUCAGAUGAAGACCAAAGUGGUCCAUCUUUCCCAGCUUCCUCAGGACACAGCGGUACUUUUGGACCCUAACAUCUACAGGAUGUUUUUCUAGAAGACGGGGUGGGGAGGGCGGCUUCUGUCAGCACCUGCUGACGUACCCAAACCGAAGUGGACGCGCAGAUCUUUUCAGACAGCAGAAAGACUUCUUUUCCCUUCGCUUUUUUCCCUGUUUUCUUUUUUCUCUUCUUUUUAAUGCUCAAAGUCUGCCAAAGCAAGCAGUGAAUUUUUAAUGUGUUUUUAUCCCUUGAAAAAGAAAAAAAAAGGCACAACAUUGUGAACUCUGGUAGUGCUGGACUUUUAACUGUCUAGGAAGACUUGACUACAACGGUUGAAAUCUAAUUUCCCUCCCUGCGUCCUCAACUCUGCUGACAAGCUCUUAGAAGUCCUGAUGAAAGUGCCCAUGUAAAUAUUCCAGGAGAUUUGUAAUAUAUUUUUGUACUGCAAAAUUUGACUGUGCUGUAGAUAGAUGUAAUAUUCCACAAGCUGACAAAAAAAAAAAAAAGCAUAAUUGUACAGAAUGUGAUAGCUGAAUAGUUUUGGAUGAUGUAAAUGCUUCCAUAGACGUUUCUUGGGUUUUUACAUUUUUUUUGCGUGUUUUGGUUUCUUUUUUUAUUUAGUAUGACAGAAAAAAUUGUGAUUUUGUUUCCUCCGUACAAGCACACACACACUUGUAACUGCUGCUCCGCCCCCUGAUGAGUAUCCAACGUUAUCGUCCCACCGUGUGCGCCGUUUGUGCAUGAUCUCCGUUUAAGCUAUACACAAGCCAAGGAAUAUAUAGACAUCUCAUUGUGAUGGUGCUAAAGCUAACACUAGCAUUUAGGCUAAUGCACAUAGGAAAAAUAUUAGAUCAGUACUGAUUGAUGGUGCUUCUUAGAACAUGUAAUAAAACUGUUCCCCAUAGAUCAUACUUCUGUCUUUGUAGUAAAGAUACAAAUUCUGAAUAAUGUUGUUGU